GAACAACUUCAGUUAAUUUUCUACAAUGACGGCGGGGCGGUGGGUGCGCGGAACGCGAUUGCUGGUGGGAGCAGUGCUGGUGGUGGCACUGCUGGGUGGUGGUGCCAACUGUGUGAAUAAUGGUGGUGGUGGUGGAGGUGGCGAUACAAGCCAUGGAGGUGGGGUAGCAACACCAGGCACGCCGCGAGAUGUUGUCAACUUCAACUAUGGCUGGCGCUUCCACUUUGGCCAUGCACCCGAUGGGCAAAUGGGGCCUCCAGGGUGCAUGUUCCGCAACAUCUCUGGUCCACUCACAUGCUCGGGCUUCAACAACAACCCCAACCGCUUCUCCGCCCGCGACUGCGAGCUCGCUUGCUGCUACAAUCCAGAGUGCCGCUUGUGGUUCCAGCACAAUAAGUACUGCUUCCAUGGAGGUGAAGGCGCGUCAUGCAAGCCCGCCGGUGAAAAUGCCACCGUGUACAGCGCCGGUGAGCGAGACACCUCGCCGCCCUUGGUCAAACCGUACAACUUCACGUCCAAGUCGUUCGAUGACAGUUCUUGGCCCAUCGUGGACGCUCCGCACGACUUUGUCAUCUCCAACUCGCACUUUUCGCCACAAGCAAAUUCCUUUCACGGACACCUCGUUCGGAACGUGAGCUGGUAUCGCAAACACUUUCACGUCCCUCAGGAGUGGCAGGGCUCCACGAUCUACCUCUACUUUGAAGGCGUGUUCCAUUACACCCAGGUGUGGCUGAACGGGAUGUAUGUGCAAUCCCAUGCGUGCGGGUACACGGGAUUCACUGUGCGCUUGGACAACUCAUCCACUCUCCACUACGGCUCUUCAAACAAGAACGUCAUUGCGCUUCGGGUGGACGCUUCCUUCGGCAGCGGUGCGCGCCCAAGCAGUGCGAGGGUGAUGACGAGGAACAAUCAUGACAGCACUGACACGAGCGGUUGCACGUGCGCGGAUCGUGGUCCCGUUCCCUCUCCUUUUGCUUUUGUGUUGUGUAAGUGUGUUGUGUUGUUGUGUAAGUGUGUGUUGUUGUUGUUGUUGUUGUUGUUGUUGUUGUUGUUGUUGUUGUUGUUGUUAAGUUUUGUUGUUGUUGUUGUUGUUGUUGUUGUUGUUGUUGUUGUUGUUGUUGUUGUUGUUGUUGAUGUUGUUGUGUGCGGGUCCCCGGGGCGGGUGCGUUGCUUGAGCCGUGAGCUGCAACAUGACAAUUCAUGCCCCUUUCUCCGCAUGCGCCACACCUCACGCGCGUCUGUUUCUUUGUGUUUGUUGCGCACGAAUGCCCGCCGCUGCAGGCCCGAAUACGUGUCUGACAUGCAUGACAUGGUGAAGCGCGAUCGCAACCAUCCAUCCAUCGUCAUCUGGAGCUUCUGCAACGAAUAUGAGUGCCAGCAGCAGACGAACAUCACCAGCGUGCUCUUCCGCGCCGCUGCAAAGGCGCUGGAUCCGACACGAGCGGUGGGAGCGAACGGCCCGACGGGAUCGCUCGAUGUGCAGGGAUUCAGCCACCGCAAGGCGUCCGUGUUUGAACACUUCCACAAGAACAACCCCAACACGCCCUCCGUGUUGUCAGAGUGCUGCUCGUGCACGUCCCAGCGCGUCGGCAGUGCCCGCCACAUCCCGGAAUGCAUCUGCGACCAGAACAGCCCAGGCCUCCUCCCGUUUGUCGCAGGCUCCCUCGGCGUGUGGACGCUGCUCGACUACUAUGGCGAGCCGCCUUCGUCCUGGCCGGCCGUCUCCUCCGCGUUUGGCCAGUUUGACCUUGCCGGGUUUCCAAAGCCGCAUGCGUGGUGGUACCGCAUCAACUGGCUGGCGCUCGUAGACAGCAGCGACCCGGCCCGUCCAGCCCUACCCCCACUCGCCGUUUCCCGCGUCAUCACACUACUCGACUCCCUCGUCCCGUCGUCGGCGUCGUCGGCGUCGUCGAAACAAGCAGAAGCACAACAGCAACAAGACCGAGAAGACCAAGACCAGGCGCCACGGCUGCUGCCGGCUGCGGGCACCAGCGGCCAUCGGGUGAACGUGAGCACCAUCUCCAGCUCCAACACGACGGAGCUGCUGGUGGACGGCGUGAGCGUCGCCGGCAACCGCUCUGCAGAUCGCGGUGUGGAGGUCAUCUGGUCUGUCCCCGUCCCCGCCAACGUGACCUGCCCCUGCAAUCUGCCCAUCACUGCAGAUGUCCAGUGCCGCGGGCUCUCGAAGAUGAACAACGCGUCGACGCCGCAGGAGUGCAGGCGGGCAUGUUGCGAUCGCCCCACGUGCACCGUGUGGCAGUUUGCUGAUGGGCCCGGGUGCUGGCUGGGUCAGUACAACCCCGCCACUUGCUUCCCCGGCCACGCAGCAAACUGGACUGGCCAAGCGAGCGCAGGACCACGGUGCUCGCUCUUCACCAACGUGACGGUGAUUGGCCGCGCUGCAGACGGCACUGAGGAGUCGCGUCACACGGCGCACGGGCCCGCCGGCCCCGCAGCCCUGCAGCUGAUGGUUGACGCGCCGUCGCCAGCCACCGGGACCGGGACAGCGCUGGCGCUGGACGGGCGCGAUGCGGCGCUGGUGCGCGUUACGGUGGUGGAUGCGAAUGGCAACCUGGUCAGCACACCGGCCGUCAACGUCACCUUCCACGUCACGCAGGGGCCGGGCCGCAUUGCCGGCACGGGCAACGGCGACCCGAGAUGUCUCAUGCCGCCCCACGCGCCUGUCAUGACCACGUUUGGUGGCGUGGCGCGGGCGGUGGUGCACGUGACGCAGGACUGCCUCAGCGCUGCCCGUGAGACCAUUCGCUUUGUGGACGUGGAUGGCGGGCAUCGCACGCAGCUGCCAGCAAACUGCACGCAGCAAGACAUUGUGGUGACGGCAACGGCAGCCAAUCUCACGUCUGCGCAGGUGAGCAUCGCAGCGGCCCCGGACGCGACGCUGCUGCCCCUCACGGUCGCACAGAAAUCCUUUGACAUGGACUACCAGUACAUGGACCAAUUCAAUGGCUGAGCCGACACACACACACGCACACACACACACACACACACACACACACAUACAUACAUACAUACAUACAAAACGCGCGUUCAACUUGUUACUACGCCUCGUUACUGCCGUUACAAGAAUGAGGGGGUUAAUCGUUCAUUUUGGUGCAUUGGACAUAACAAAACACACAGCGUUUGUUCAUGGACAGGUAGUGCUGCGUGCCAUUUAACCGGACGCGUGCACAAAAGCUGCCGCUUCAGCCACAAAUACAAAAGACUUAACACA